GGGGAGGGCGCCGCGGCGGGCGGCUGCGAGGAGCGGCCGGCGGGCGGCGGCGGCCGGCGGGCGGCGAUGGCGGCGGCGGAGGCCGGUGGCGACGACGCCCGCUGCGUGCGGCUGAGCGCCGAGCGGGCACAGGCGCUGCUGGCCGACGUGGACACGCUGCUGUUCGACUGCGACGGCGUGCUGUGGCGUGGGGAGACUGCCGUGCCUGGCGCGCCCGAGGCCCUGCGGGCGCUGCGAGCCCGCGGCAAGCGCCUGGGCUUCAUCACCAACAACAGCAGCAAGACCCGCGCUGCCUACGCCGAGAAGCUGCGGCGCCUGGGCUUCGGCGGCCCCGCGGGGCCCGGCGCCAGCCUGGAGGUCUUCGGCACGGCCUACUGCACCGCGCUCUACCUGCGCCAGCGCCUGGCCAGCGCCCCCGCGCCCAAGGCCUACGUGCUGGGCAGCCCAGCCCUGGCCGCGGAGCUGGAGGCCGUGGGCGUCGCCAGCGUGGGCGUGGGGCCCGAGCCACUGCAGGGCGAGGGUCCCGGCGACUGGCUGCACGCGCCGCUGGAGCCCGACGUGCGCGCGGUGGUGGUGGGCUUUGACCCGCACUUCAGCUACAUGAAGCUCACCAAGGCCCUGCGCUACCUGCAGCAGCCCGGCUGCCUGCUCGUGGGCACCAACAUGGACAACCGGCUUCCGCUUGAGAACGGCCGCUUCAUCGCGGGUACCGGGUGUCUGGUCCGAGCCGUGGAGAUGGCCGCCCAGCGCCAGGCGGACAUCAUCGGGAAGCCCAGCCGCUUCAUCUUCGACUGCGUGUCCCAGGAAUACGGCAUCAACCCCGAGCGCACCGUCAUGGUGGGAGACCGCCUGGACACAGACAUCCUCCUAGGCGUCACCUGUGGCCUGAAGACCAUCCUGACCCUCACCGGAGUCUCCACUCUAGGGGAUGUGAAGAAUAAUCAGGAAAGUGACUGCGUGUCUAAGAAGAAAAUGGUCCCUGACUUCUAUGUUGACAGCAUAGCCGACCUUUUGCCUGCCCUUCAAGGUUAAAGAUUGAGUGUCUUUAAUCUGCAGAAUAAAAAAAAAAGAAAUUGAAAA